AUGUCGCUGCUGCUCUUUGUUUAUACGCUACUGCUUAUCGUAGCUUCCUGCUCGGUGUUGGCACUGCAGUCGUUUGAUUCCACUCGAUCCUCUUCGCUGCUGGUGGGCACCGAAUGGAAACUCCAACUGGAUAUUGGCUUGGAACCAGGGACGUGGAUGCCCAAACGAUAUCCCGGUUGGGCCGAAUCGGGAGCACGGCUCGGUUUGCAAGUGGCGGUUCAAUUUACCAAUGCCCCGUCCACGACGGCCGAAAGUUUGGUGGGCCCCUUGACGGAUACCUAUCAAUUAAAAGUGACGUCGCCACCUGCCACCUUUGUUUCCGUCGAUGGACAACAAACCGUCGAAUUUGAAUGGGUGGGUGGCUGGUGCAUCCAAAGACCUCAAAGCGACAUUCGAAACACCGAGGGUGGUUUAGUCAAACCAGAAGGUCUACUGCGCUUUUGGCUUGAUUGCUCAUCGGGUGCCAAACGACAAGACGUACAAGUGUUGCCCGGGACAAGAAUAUUCUUUACCACGGGGGUUUGGGACGAUCCGGUGACCCUCGAGAAACAAGAAAAGGAGUACAACAAAUUAGUAAUGGAAGUUGAUGAACUUGUCCAAGAAACAAAGUCCAACAAGGCAAAGGCAAAGGAUCAGAACAUACUCCAAAAUUUUCAAACGUUUCGACAAAUGGUGGGAGAUUCCAAGAAAUUUGACGGCCUUACCAGGCUACGUGAUGCCUAUUAUCGAGCCUUGCCACCCUUGACCAGCCCCAAGUCUGCCAAUGGAGUGAUCAUGGCACCCAAUGGGUCUUUGGUCAUCAAGGGAAACAAGGAUUGGCUGGCCGGAGAAGAAUUCUUGAUUUUAGGAACCUUCACCACAGCAACCGCAGACGACGAAUAA